AUGGCCACUCUUUACGAAUCAGAACUCAACAUUCCUGCUGAAAGGUCUUUUUCUUUGAAGGAUAAGACUCUCAAGUUGGAUAGCUUAGAGCAGGUGCAAACAUACAUAGACCAACUUAGUAAGAAAAAGAACCUCGAGAAGAUCGAUCUUUCUGGUAACACAAUCUCCCCAGAGGCAUCCAAGUAUCUUGCCAAGGAGUUCUUGAACCAUAGGGAUACUUUGAAAGAGUUGAACUUGCAAGAUAUAUAUACCUCCAGAGAUAAGUUUGAAAUUCCCGCUUCUUUGAAGGAGUUCUUUGCUGCAAUAGAGCAGCUUCCUCAAUUGCGAGUGUUAAAUUUGAGUGACAAUGCAUUUGGUCAGGAUACCAUCGAUGUUUUGGAAGAUUUCAUUUCCAAAUCCAAGUAUUUUGAGCACUUCAUCAUUUCCAAUAACGGUCUAGGUCCGUUCUCCGGAACCAGGGUCGGUAAGGCCCUAUAUAAAAUGGCCAAGCUUAGAGAAGCUAGCAAUAUCGAAGAUGAAAACGUUAGAACUUUGAAGACCUUCUGGUGUGGAAGAAAUAGAUUGGAGAGUGGAUCUGCAGAAUUUCUAGCUCUCGGGUUGAGAGCAAAUACAGAUUUGCAAGACAUUAGACUCUACCAGAAUGGUAUAAGGCCUAAUGGAAUUGCAAGAUUAGUCUAUCAUGGUUUGUCCAGAUUGCCUGCCUUACAAGUAUUGGAUUUGGAUGAUAACACUUUCACUUUACCUGGAUCUACAGCCUUGGCUGAAAGCAUAUCUCACUGGCCCGAUCUGAGGGAGUUGAACAUCAAUGAUUGCCUGAUGAAAGCUGAGGGAUGUGUUAAAGUCUUGGCGAAGUUGUCCGAGUUCAGUGACAAAUCCAAAUUAGAGGCUUUGAAGUUGCAGUACAAUGAGCUAAAUUCUGAUGGGCUAAAGCUGUUGGUAGGUUUGUUGCCAAACUUGAAGAGCCAUUCUAUAUUGGAGUUGAACGGCAACAGAUUUGAAGAGGAUUCGGAGUAUAUUGAUAAGAUCAACAGUAUAUUUGCUAUAAAGGGAAAGGGAUCCUUGGACGAGCUUGACGACUUGGAAGAACCUGAUUCCGAAGAAGAAGCUGAGAGCGAAGACGAAGACGAGAGCGAAAAGGAAGAAGAUGACGAUCAAAGAAAGAACAUUGAGGAUAAGUUGGCCUCUUUGGAGAAAGAGCUCGCCUCUACUCACAUUUAA